CUGUGCUUGCUCGGCUUUCCGACCACGACUCCGGCCCAUGUUCAACAGCCCAAGCAACACAUUUCAUCGUAUAAUCACACACACCCGACCCCUGGAUGUAAUUGAUUUCUUUUCUUUGCCUCCCCUGCCGGCAACGGCUUGUCAACAACCCUCGCCAUGGCGCCCAAGACACGAUCGUCGGUCCCCUCGUCGUCGGCCCGGCGCCAGACGCCCGCCUCAGCCCCGGCAUCCAGAGUCUAUCGCCAUGCCGACACGCCGCUGCAGCAGACCCGCUUCCCCCCGCCCAAGAAGACCCUCAAGACCUACGGCCGGCGCACCACUCGCCUGUCGGCCUCAGCGGCCCUCAGGCAGCAGACCAUGACCCAGAUUGGCUACGUGAUUCCCACUCAGCCGGACGAGCUGGACGACGAUGAGGACGACGAAGACGACAACGAGAACGGACUCGAGGACGACCGGAACUACGAUCGUGAUGAGAAGGGAAAGGGGCCGGAAACGCAGCCGCGUGAUGAAGACGUGGAAAAGCCCAGGGUGUUGCGGGGUUCCACGCGGGCUGGCAAGACGCCCGUGGCGAAAGAGGGCAAACAGAGCAGACCAAACAAGAGGAGGAAGACGAUGGGCGAUGCGCCUAGCUCGUCAUUCAUGACGCAAACUCUCACACAGAUGCUCCCACAGUCGACCGAGGAGGGGAUUGGGCCCAUCAUCAUUGGCGAUUCCGAGGACGACCAGGACGAGGACGAGGGCGGCGCCAUGGAUGCUUUUGGCGGAGGUGGUGUGGGCCAAGAGCACAGAGGGGAGCGGCCCAGCAGGGCAUCGUCAAUCGUCCCGCAGACCCCCACCCACGACAGGAACCCUACAAGCGCUGCUAUUCCAUUUUCUCCCGCCGUCUUGUCGCCUAGUGUGCGCAUGUUGAUCAGGAAUAGCAGCCCUCUCGGCGUCCGCCGGUCCCCCCUAAAGGCCAAAUCGACCAACGCGAGUGCUACGGUGCCAAGGCCAGUACAGCAGAGGACAGCGGCAGCAGCGACAGGGUCAUCGUCAGAGAAGAGAAAGCGGCGCCCGGCGCCUCGUGACGCCAUCAUCCCGGACUCGUACAGCACCGCCGGCGAGCUGUCGUCACCGGCAGCACCCAGGGGCAGCGGUGCGUCGAAUAUGGCAGGUGCCGCUGGCAACGUCUCGUCAUCCCUCUUGGGCACGCCGACAAGGAGGGCUCGUAUCGAGCGCAGCCCUUUGGGGGAGCUGUCCCUGGCUGACCUGCCACGGGAGCUCCCGCCGCCGCGAAGACGCGUCGCUCAAAGCGCGGGGUCGAGUCCUCUCGCGCCCGACGAAAACACGACGCCUCUGAGGCCCGUCGUUGCUGCGCAGACUGACGCUGGCCCCUCUGCUGGUGGUAUCCUGCAGAGGGCUGCUCGGCCUGCCGACGCCGAGAUACCAGACUCAGACGACGAGCUUGACUCUCUGGACCCGACACCAAAUAAGUCUACCCCCACGCCUUUGAGGGUGGCUUUUGCCGACAUGGACGAGUCGGAAGAGGCAAGCGACUCGGCAUUGGCACCUGAGACUCCGACCAGACCCCCGCCCAGGCGACCCACGCCUGCCACUAGGAGUGGUGGUGCGGGCGAGGCGCUGGACGAGCCUGGGAGUCCGACCCCGGUUGCCCACAAGCCUGUGCCUGGUACCGCACCAGGAGACGCGGGACCGACGGUGGAGACUGAUUCUGAGGCGGAAGCAGAGGGCUCCAUACCAGAGACACCAACGCGAGGGCCGAGCCAGAGAACACAAGCGCGGAAGGAAACGACUGGCUCUGUCGUCAAGACAUCAAGAGCGGGAACCUCGAUUCCUCUCGACGCCGAAAUAGGAGACUCGGACGUGGAGACGGACAGCCCGAGCCCGACGCCCAAGAGAACACGACCAAGCACUCCGACUGUCGCUACGCCGACGCCUGCGAAUCGGUCCGCUAGCCAGAAUACACGCUCGGCCAAAGCGAAGCUACCGAACCCUCCCCCGCCAAGAGUAGUCGCUGGGUCGUCAUCUCCCGUCCAUGACGUCGCCGCCAGCGGUGCAGGUCCCGCCCUUCCUUCAUCAAUGCGCUCCAGGCAAGCCGAGCAUCCUGCCGAGAUCCCAACAAGCGAUCACGGUGGCGACGAUGGCGAGGACACACCUCUCACGUCCCCUGGUUUCGUGGCCAAGACAUCUCCGGCACGCCCGCCGUCUCGCCGCAGCCCCCGGAAGGCGACUCAGGCUCGCAUACGGGGACACACCCAGAAGCACACACAGCACGAAACGCAGGGAGCAUAUACGCAGCUUAUGGAGAGCCAGAGGGUGCCCAUGGAGAUUCUCCGCGAGAUGGCGCCGGCGUCGGAGAGGUCAGACGUGGUGGUCACGAUGCACCCGAGCCGUGUGCAGGAGGUUGUUGAAGGCAUGCGUAACCACGAGUUCAGGGCGACGCGGUUCCCGCGUUCCGUCGUCCGCACAUGGAUCUACGUCGGUCGGCCGGCCCAAGAGUUGCGGUACAUGGCAACGUUGGGGCCGUCGCGGACCAUGGGGCAGAUCGACCCGAACACUGGCCUGGGGAACGCCGAGUUCAAUGAGGGCAAGCGCAUGGCGGGCGGCGUGGCCAAGUUUGCUUACGAGCUUGUUCAAGUCUACGAGCUCAGCAACCCCGUCUCGCUGGACAGAAUGCGUGAGAGCGGCUGGACAGAGGGCCAGGACGAGCGCAGUCACAGGUUCUUGCCGCCGGCAGUGGUUGGACAGCUGCUGGCCAAUCUGAGAUGUGCUCUAUUUGACGACGGAGAGCAGCAUCUGCUUGAGGAUGACGACGUCGACGACGACGGUGCAUGCCGGCCGCCGCCUGGGACGGGGGUUACGGCGAGCGGAUCCAUCUCGCAGCAGGUCGAGGCGCAAAUACACAGCGACAUUGAGCACUCGACGCAAUUCGCGUCUCGCGCUGAGUACGCGGGGGACGAGGUCAUACCGUCGAGCCAGCAAGGCUUACCCGUGACAUCCCGCACCCCGGCCAAACGUGGGGCGCGGCGCAGCUCGAACACGAAACAUGAGUCUGUCGCGCCGCCGCCACCUCAUAGCGCCGGCAGACGCGUGUCACAACGGAUCCAGGAGCAGCAGCUACAACAAGGGCCAAAGACUCCAGCGGCGCCCAGGAGUGGUAGGAAGGCCGUAUCGUUCUCGCAAGCCACGACGGUUAGCCAGGGGUCGACGCAGGCCAUGCUGCCAUCGUCGUCGCCCGUCCAACGGCUGCCAUCGCUGUCUCGUGCGUCAUCGUCACGGAAGAAGAAGACGCCAACAGCAGCGCAACAGCCCAUCCUGAUCUCGUCGUCCAGCGGACAUGGAAAUUCACUCAUGGCGCGGCGAUACCAAGACGACGACGAGGAUACGGGUGACGCGGAUCUUUCGGCGAGGGAGUCGUAUAAUACGGACGGCGUGAGCGGCGGCGGCGACUCCUCGCUCCGGUCGUCGUCGCAGUUCUACCUCCCCGAGAGUCUGUUACGGGAGGAGGUGCGGAAGCCGCCGAUUAUUGUAGACGCCGACUUUUCGGACGUUGAGGAGGGGCUUGUAUGAUGGAUAUUUGGGUUUUGGGUUAUUUUGUCGUCACUAUUUACGAACUGGGCAAAUGGGGUUUGAAUGGCCGGACGGCACAGGUUGGCUAGGCGUUCUUAUUAUUGGGUUCAGGCACAUUUGUAAUUUGGGACAGAGAAUGGGAUCUGGGAGCUAUUGUUAUGAAGCCCGAAAAAGUAUUUGAAAUGACAGCCCGAAGGCAGCAAGCAGUUCAUGCCACUGCCACUUGAAGUGUCUGGG